AUGGCGCGGCGGGUGUGGCAGGCAUACGAGGCGUUCCUGCUGUCGAACGCGUCGCAGAUCACGGCGGUUGAGUCGUCGCUGCGCAGCAUCACCUAUAUUCUCCCGGGUCGCUUUAAGGAUGCAGAGCUUGCGGGCGAAGCGAUCUAUGCCGGCGUGCACCUGCUCGGCAUGUACCACGACUCGAUCCUGUUCAAGAUCAUCUACUCGCGCCGCCCUGAGCGGGCGAAUGCGGCGGUGAAGCGUGCGCGCGACGAGCUGGUCGGCGAGCUGCCGAAACUCUCGCUCCACGCGCGCUACACCAACUUUUGGCGCACGGCGAGCCCGACGUACCGCCGCGCGGCGGUCCUGCUGCUCAUCGUCGAGUCGACGCAGCUGCUCAUCGAGAUGGUCGCGCGCCGCAAGGUCAAGGACCACGCUUGGGACGUCGUCGUGGCCAUCGAGACGCUCAAGGCGCUGCUGCGCUUUGCCCUCGUGCGGGCCUCGCAGACCCGCCCGGUGAUUGCGCCGCCGCUGCCGCAGCGCGACCUGGACCCGGCACUGCUCGAGCGCCGGCGCGGCGCGCUCGGCGCGACGUGGGUCGGCGAGCGCACCGGCGUCGUGCACCGCUCCAUCGCGACGCUCGUGCCGCAAGGCCAGGGACAGGACUCGGACGUGUACGAGUACCUGCUCUCGCACACGCUCACCGAGCAGGACGUGUCGCCCGCCGCGCAGCUCGUGCGCCCGCUCCAGGCGACGGCCGGGCGCGUGGCCGAGUCGCUGUGGAUCCUGCGCCCGCUCCUGUACGUGCUUGCGCUGCGCCGCUGGGGCAAGCGUGAUGCCAAGCCGUUUGUCUUCUCGCUGUGCCUCGAGAUCCUCGCGCGCUCGAUGCGCCAGCGCUCGUUCUACACGCACGCCAAGGAUGCCGAGGCACUGCCGGUGCCUCCGAUGUCCUCGGUGUCGCUCAUGCUGUCGAUGCUCGGCAUUGAAAACUCGUUCCUCGACUGGAUCGCAGGCACGCUCUCGCGCCGCGACCCGCGCCGCGCACUCGCAAAGCCGAUCAGCACGGUUGAGGGCGACGAAUGGAGCGCGCGCGACCGCAGCUUCUGGUGGUACCUGCUCCGGGGGCCGGUGUGGUACAACUACACGCGCCCCAAGAUCGAGGGCCUGGUGCGCAGGACCGAAAACCGCCGCAUUAUCGGCAUGGUCGGAAACAUCGCGCGCGACUACCUGCCGCUCGUCGACGACUACUAUUAUUAUACAGCCGUAUAG